AACUUAACAGCGGGACAUCCAGCGGAAGUAAAUAACAGAAAUGCAUGUUGCUUUAUGUACGCGUACCCAUUGAAUUAACUGAAAGACGAUAUUGCCGCCUUAACGCAGCUAAUUAUUUCGUGUUACUGCAGUUAAUGCAAAAAUGUCUUUAGCUGAGUGUUUGAGAGAGUUUGUCAAUGAACGACUGACAGCUGCGGCAGAAGAAAUAAUCGGAGUUUUUAAAAGCACUAUCGUCCAGUACGAGGAGGAGAUCAGUCGCCAGCGCACACUGCUUGAUAUCGCUUGGAAGCCUGAAAUUAGGUUGCACAGAAUAGAGCUCACACAGCAACAUGUCUGUAAGAAGGAGGAGGACGAGGAGGAGGUGGUGGUUCUCGCUGAGCAGCACCUGUUCAGUCAGGAGAGGAACUCCAGUCUGGACCAAGCGGACGCAGAGCCUCCACAGAUGAAAGAAGAACAGAAGGAGCUCUGCAACAGUAACAAGGGAGAGCAGCUUGUGCUGAAGCAGGAGACGGACACCUUCACGUCGGCUCCUACUUGUGAGGAAAAUGACCACAGCGAAGCAGUAUUAAAAAGCAAAAUCCACACUAACAAUGCUUUCAACCCCACCAUGUCAACGAUUAACUGUAACACUCGCAAGAGUAAAGACUCUCUCAAAUGUGACACUUGUGGAAAAUAUUAUAAGGGUAAACAGGCAUUGAGAAGACACCUGAGAAUUCACACAAACGUGAAGCGAUAUUCGUGCAGCACCUGUGGGAAAGCUUUCAGACGUAGCGACAGCUUGAAAAGGCACAUUAGGAUCCACACAGGGGAGAAGCCCCACCUUUGCAGGAUCUGCGGGUAUAGAUUCAUUGAAAUGUCAAAACUGAACAGACAUAUGAGGAUGCACGCAGGGGAGAAGCCAUGACUCUGCAACAUACUGCAUGUUGGAAAAGAAUCUGUUGGAUGCCAGACUUUAAAAGGCACACGAGAAUUCACACGGGUGAAAAGCUGUUUACUGGUUUUUACUUACUUAAUGGUGACGCCAGGGUCCACAUGAGAGGAGCAGCCGUCUUUUGCAACACCUUUUUGGAAGAAAAAUGUGUCUCAUAUGGCGAGGCUUAUUGCAUCACACGCAUGCAUGUGGCUUUGUAUAAAAUACGGAGACGGGUGAAUCUCCUUUGCAAUUCUAUUAUGAAAUAAAAAAAAUUAUGAAAUCCAAGUUAAUAAUUAGUUUUAAUACUUUUUUCAUUAUUUCACAAAUCUUCAUGUUUUACGUAAUUUAUUUAUUCUUAUGUUGAUGAUCUUCCAUAAAUCUGAGAAAGAAAACGCAGAUUCCUGCUUAUGGUGUUGAAAAAGUUCCUGGCAUUACGGGUGAAUUAUAUUAAUGUAGCUGAAUCUAAUCUAUCUGAGAUGCAGUUAAAACACACCAAUAACACAUAAAGGUGAUACUGAGAGGAAUGAAGCAAAAACAAGGAUUUGUUAAAAUUUUAUGGACUUUAUUAAUUUGACCCCAUUUUCUUCCUGAAUCAAAUGUAUCAUUUUUUCUCAAUCAAAAGGUAAAAUACACCAUCGCCUUUCCAUAACCUGCUCUGGCCUGUCUGUCUUCAUAGUGUUCUGUUGAUUUUCAUAUCCAAAAUAAGAAUGGUGGCUAUUUUCAUU